AUGCUGGAGGCUGUCCGCGGCCGCCAGGGCCCCAGGCCACCAGCCCAGCCCCCUCCGGCUGCUAGGCCCGCGCGCCAGGCCUGGCCUCCAAGGGCCCCGGGCUCCGUACACCCGCGCGGGCGGCUCCGGGCGCUCCUCGGCCGGCGCCUUCUCUCUGGCGCGCCCCUGAACUUGGCACAGACGCCGCCCAAUAGACACUUCGAACAAUACGGGAGAAAAAGAAAGAACGAAAGAAGGAAACCACUUUGCCGGCGUAAAUGCUACGAGAAACUCUCCAAGUUUUCCUGGCUUCUCGUAAAGGUGGCUGAGGCCGUUUACAGUAAGAGCAGAAUAAUGUUUGCGACUGUACGACAUAAUUAUCUCCAGACUUGCCUCUCCCCCGCUCCCAGCUAG